CACUGAACUGGACUUGCGCUUCUCCGUGAACGUGUCUCCCCCCCGUUGGUCACCUGUGGGAGCUCAGUUAUCCGUGACACUCCCACCUGAGCAUCAUUUUUUUACUUGUUAAUUACAUGCUCGUUCACCUGGACUCGAGAAUUGAACGUAAAUCACUGAACUGGACCUAAGAUUCCCUGUGAACUUGUCUCCCCCUCGACAGCUUCCCCCGGGACCUGAAUUAGCCGUGACUCUCCCACCUGGGGUCAUGUGUGACGCCUGAGGCAGCUUGAGCAGCGUCCCCAAGCCCCAGCAGAAUGGAGGAGCCCAUGAUGGUGGACCAGGUGGAGGAGGCGGGGUCCAGGGGCCGGCCAGGUCACUGCAGCACCCUUCAGACCAAGACCAACCCUAUUAUUGAGGACUACAGCAUCUCCAGCAACGUCCUCGGCCUGGGCAUCAACGGCAAGGUGGUGGAGUGCUUCAGCAAGAAGGACAACACCAAGUACGCCCUGAAGGUGUUGAAGGACAGCCACAAAUCAAGGCGGGAGGUUGACCUGCACUGCCGCGGCUCAGCGUGUCCGCACGUUGUGGGAAUCAUUGAUGUCUAUGAGAAUGUCUACAACAAUCAAAAGUGCUUGUUAGUAGUCAUGGAAUGCAUGGAGGGCGGGGAACUAUUCCAACGAAUUCAGGACAGAGCAGAUGGAGCUUUUACUGAGCGAGAAGCAGCUUGCAUCAUCAGGGAGAUCUGUGUGGCUGUGCAGCACCUCCAUCUGCUCAACAUUGCUCACAGGGACCUCAAGCCGGAGAACUUGCUCUACACCAGCCUGAAUGAGGAUGCUACAUUGAAGCUGACUGACUUUGGAUUUGCUAAAGAAACAUUUUCCAAGGAGUCCUUACAGACGCCAUGUUAUACUCCAUAUUAUGUUGCUCCUGAGGUGCUGGGACCAGAGAAGUAUGACAAGAGCUGUGAUAUUUGGUCCUUAGGGGUCAUAAUGUACAUCCUGCUUUGUGGAUUCCCUCCAUUCUACAGCAAUCAUGGCCAUGCAAUAUCUCCCGGCAUGAAGAAGAGAAUUCGCACCGGGCAGUAUGCAUUUCCUAACCCCGAAUGGGCCAACGUUAGCCAAGAUGCCAAAGAACUCAUUAAGGGGAUGCUGCGCACAGACCCUGAAGAACGCUUCACCAUCUUUGACAUUAUGAAGAACAAGUGGAUUGUUCAAUACACUGAAGUGCCCCAGACUCCACUGUACACGUCCAAGGUGCUGCGAGAGGAGGGAGACCUGUGGCAGGAAGUUCAGGAUGAAAUGACGCGUUCCCUGGCCACCAUGCGGGUGGACUACGACACGCUGCAGAUAAAGACUCUAGAUCACGCCAACAAUUCUCUCCUUAGCAAACGACGCAAGAAGACAGAUAAGUAGACACUCCUUAUUCUCACCAAGUAGAUCACAGAAACUUCUAUAGUGGGUGAGAUUUUCUCAAUAUUGUGACCUAACUAGAGAUCUUCAGUGACCUGAUGAGGUACAUACAAAGAAGGAACAUCUUAUAAUACAAAAAAAUAAUAAUAAUAAUUUAAGGUAAACUUGCAUGAAAAAUGUAGCCACUUUAGACUAAAAGAAGUUACUCUAUUUCUCUUUUCACUGCCCCAUGAGUUGAACUAUCUUUAUUGUAUUCAACUAUUGUUUUUAAUGAAAGGGAGAAAAAAACUAACUGCAAUAGCAUUUCUGAUUGUGUAAGAUCUCAUCUUUGAAUAAUCUACAUUGGAUUAAUGUUGAAUGAUCCUGCUUUUAAUUUUCAUAAAAUAAUUCUGCAUUUAGGUUUUAUGUUAAUAAAGAGAUUAAGAGCUAUUUUGUCGAGUCAGCUUGUUCUGGUGAGGUGUGUCGGCCAGUGCUGCACUAGAAGGUUGGGUUGUGUAAUGGGCGAUGCCUUGGUAAUUUUUUCAUUGUUGUGACAUGGUAAUUGUGCUAGCCUACUUCUGCACAAAAAUUAUUUGCAUAAAAAUCUAGAAAAUUUUGGUAAAACUUACAAAAUGAAUUGUAUGUCAUUUAUAUAGCUAAUACAUAGUAUAAUUCUAAGUUUCCUUGUCUUAUCUGAUAUAUUGAUGUUUGUAUUCAAAGCAUUAGCAUGACUUAGCUUGAAAUAUGUCACAAGAAGGUUGUCAACUUGAUCCCUGACUGAAGCAGGGAAGUAGGUCUUGUUAAAGUAUGUGUUUGGGGGUAGGGCUAGUUUGUGUGUGGACAUGCAUGUGUGUGUACACUUAUCUGCAUGCCUGGGAGGAGAAUGUAAACAUCUGUGCAAUAUUGGGCCUCUAAACUGUUACAUUUCAGUGUGUUAAAGACUUUGUUGAAAGUUGGUUCUCUAGAACAAUAUUCAUGCUACUAAUAAUAUUAAAACAAGCAAUAAUUUAGUUAGGGAAGAGCUUUUAGCAUAUUUUUCUUUAAAGAAUAUAGAGUUCCUUAUUCAACAAGGAGAUAAAAGGAUUAAAGCCACUCUGCAUGAGUGCAUGGAAGUAUGCAUUUGUACAGUACUUGUAUACACAAGCAGAAAACUAACAGUAACAUUAUGUUGCAUGUGGUCAUGUAGUGGCCACAGUCUUGUGCAUGUCUGGUUGAGGAGGAGGGACCAGAGAAAACAGUUUUCUCUUAAUGUGAAAUUCCCUGCUUGUCAAGACCAAGAUUAAGACAGGUCAUGCAUGCCUGACCAUGUCACUCAGUUUUCAACCAUGAACAUGAUUUUACCAUUAGAAGCUUGCCAACAAACAUGUUGAAAGUACGAAGAUGUUUUAUUUUUACACAUCACUGAUGUUAAUCAGUAGAAUACUUCAUUUUAUGGGACAUACGUAAAUCUUUUAUGUGAUAAUUGUCUUAUUAGACAAAAAACAAAAAGUCCAACACUUAGGAAUUAUUUAACCCUCUCAUUCACCAUUAUUGUAUUGUUAUAUCAAAUUAAUUAUAUAGACAAAGAGUGUCUGCAGACCACACUGCUUUGUUAAAGGGUAAUAUACAUAUUUGCUGCCUUUUGUGCAAAAUUAUUGAUCAGUAUUGUUUACAGUUUAUUGUGGCUUAGUGAAUAACGGUAUUGUAGGGAGAUACAAUUCUUUUCGUUCUUAAUCUCUUUAAGCUUGUGCUUAAACAAGGUCAUCCAUACCCAGUAAUGUUAGCACUGCCAAAACAACAGCUCAAUUAGUGUUUGGAGAGUUGUACAAUGACACUCUGGAUUGGUACUGUGGGCUGGAUAUUGGGCUGAGCUUCAGUGCUAGUGAAGGGAAGCUCCUUUCAGUGGUGUGUGAGAGGGUUAAAGUUUGUUAUCAUGGUGCUCUCAUUGCCUCUUGGCAGCAGCAAGUGCUGAUCUAUUAGAUUCUCUUUACCUCAGGGGUUAAGUGAAAGUUUGUUGGGUAUCCUGCCAUAUUAAUGCACAAAUAGUAAUAAUAGUGAUACAUCACUGUAUGAAAUUAAAAUUUGAAUGCCAAUAUAAAUCUGCUAUAAUGUAAAGUGUUUGUAUUAAAUCAUUUACACUUGUAAGAAUGACAGGGUUCAUUUUCACGUUGGAGGAUGUGAAAACUAUGAUUUUUUUUUUUAUAAAUUGUUCAUAAUGUUUCUCCACUAACAGUUCCUGAACCAGGGUAAGGGAUUUUGGUGCAAGGCUAAGAGUGAGAGGCACAAAGCAGUCCUUGGUGUCUGUAUUUAAUGAAAAUGAUGUUGGCAGAAAAUGAAAGAAUGCUGCAGAGAAUUGUGGGUGAAUUUGAUAGGGUAUGUAACAGAAAGUUGAAAGUUAAUGUACUCAAGGGUAAGGUAAAGUAUAUGAAGAGGCGAGUGACCAGACCAUUGAUUUUGCAAAGCCAUGGAGCUAGGGCAGAAUGCUCAACUGUAAAAUCUGGUCUGGGAAGAUGGAGGAAGUGCUUGAAUUUAAGGAAGUAUGGGGGCAUGGAGGGAAAGAGUAGUGUAGCGCAGACAAGUAAUGGUGAAAUGAAGAGUUAUGGAAAUAAAGUUUGAACAUAAAGUUAAAGAAGGGUACAAGAAAUUGGAUUAGCCCCCCUACUGUCAUAUGCAUCAGAGAUGUGGACAUGGCAGUAUCACAGAAAUCACAAACAUGGGCAGUGGAAAUUAACCUUAUUUUAGGUGCAUGUGGUGGGUCAAGAUGGGAUGGAGAAAGUAACGAUAAUGUGCAUGAGUUUUGGUAUGGGUGUAACAGCAAGGGGAGUGAGUUGUAGAGUGACUGAAUGGGUGAAAUGUGCUACUUUGAGAUGGUUUGGACAUGUGAUAAGAAUGAAUGAAGAUGGCUUUGUGAAGAGGGUGUGUGAGAGCAGCAUUGUGGGAAAAGGUAUUAUGAGGAGAAAACCAGUGAAAUUAAGUGGCUGAGUAUUGAAAGGAAAGAGUCGACAGGUGAAGGAGUGAACGUCCUGAGAGGUGGUGCCAGAACAGGGAAAAUUGGAGAUACGUUUGCCGUGGCCACUCCCCUGGGGGAAGCUCCAGUGAGGGGACAAGACGGUGAAUAGAUAGAUAGAACAGUUACUGAAACAUAAUGCUAACCUCAGCUUACCUGUUUUUUAAGUCAUCUUAGAGGACUUGAAAUGAAGGACAUUAUCUAAAACUUUUCAGCAAGAAAAGCACUCCCUUGUGAUGGAGAGUCUGGCAAGCCAGACACCAACACAGACUCAGCAGCACCCCGGCCAACAAAUUUUGGUGACAUAAUAUUUUUUUUCCCACUCAUUUGUUAAUCUUUCCUCUUGCUGUUUUAACAUUAUGUAUUGCAUAUGCAUGCAUGAUGGGGUGGAGUUGUGUGUAUGUGUCCAUUCUUUCCCUGAAUAUUCUAUAGACUCACAUACUUGUGGUGUAAUGUGACCCAUCUGUAGAUUCUGUACUUUUGAAAACUUGCUCUUACAACAGUAAGAUGUCAGUAAGAAAACUUAAUUGUCUAGAUACAUGUAACUUACCACCACUGAGCAUAAUUCCUCACUGAGCAAGCGAGGUAUGUGGAUCCAUAGCAUAGCAGCUGUAAACAUAUGUUUACCAUAUCCUCCAUGUUCAGGUGUUCCAAUACCAGUUUAAUUUUCACCUUUUUGGUCAUGUUUUGUGGUACGUACAUCCAAGCAUAGCAGCCAAUACCACAUAUGCAGUUUCCCUACCAUCCAAUAUUGUUGUAACCAAUAACCCCAUUUCCUUAAUUGUCAAUAGGGCUCCAUGGCAGACUUCAAUCUAUCAGUAAUAGUAUGAAUUUUAAAACAUAACAUCUUGGGUUCUUCCCAUUAAUGUUAAGACAGUAUUAACCCUUCAUACACCACACAUUUCACACCCUAUUGUUGGCACAGUUUUUUCCUUGCUGUGUUGUGUCUCCAUCAUGUGGCAUCUGUUCACAUCUCAACAGACUAAUGCAGCUCAAGUAAAUGUCUUGAAUGCCUGUGCAUAUGUGAGCAAUGUGCAAUGCUGUAGCUGUUAUCCGAGCAUUGUUCCAUUUCAUUCUGUAUCUGAACACAGAAAUUCACUUCAUUUUUCUAACUCUAUGUUGGUCUCAUUUUUCUUUGUGUGUGUGUGUCUUCCAUCAUAUUUUUCAUUAAUUAGAUACUGAAGAAAAGUUGUAUUAUCCUUUACUAAAAGUAUACUACUAUAAAAGUAAUUUGAUGCUCGUGUGUAAUUUUGUUUGUUGGAAUAUUGUCCAUUUGUUGGGGUGUCUUUUAGUUUACUUUAGAUAUUAGAUAGAGCCUUUGAUUUAACAAGGUUGUCCUUAUUCCAUAAUUAUAGCAUGUCUAACAUUGCUGGAGUGUUCCUUCAUUGACUUUGGUAAAUAAGAUUAUUAGUAAAAACUA